CGGUGGCUGUCAGGACCCACCCACUCCCAGCGGAACAUGGAUGCAGGAAGCAGCGGAGCCGGUGUCGACACAGGCCUGAGGAUGUGGCUUCUGUGGUUCCUGCUGCCAUCACUGCUGUCUGCAGUGUCGGGGGGGACAGACUCCAAAGCUGUCACCACCACCCUCACAACCAAAUGGGCUGAUACUCCUCUGCUCCUGGAGGCCAGCGAGUUCCUGGCAGAGGAGAGCCAAGACAUGUUCUGGGACUUUGUUGAGGCCAAUCAAAACAUAGAAGGAGAGCAUGAUGACACAGAUCAGGCCUACUAUGACCUGAUCUUGAAGAAAGCCAGUGCCUUGCUGAGCCCCGUCCAGAUGAAAAUGCUGAAGUUUGCCCUCUCUCUGAGAGCCUACUCUGCAACAGUACACUCCUUCCAACAGAUUGCGUCCAACGAGCCUCCUCCGCCUGGCUGCUCAGCUUUUUUCAACAUCCAUGGAGAGAAGACGUGUGAAGUUGAAAGCUUGGAACAACUUCUGAAAACAGCAUCCGAGCGACCAAAGCCAUACCUGUUCAAGGGCGACCACAAAUACCCAGGAUCAAACCCAGAUGGCCCUGUCGUCCUCCUCUAUGCUGAGUUGGGAGAACCAAAUUUCCAGAGGCUUCACCAAAUCAUAUCAUCCAAAGCCAGAGAGGGGCUGGUGACCUACGUGUUCCGCCAUUACCAGGCUAAUCCCAGUGGAAAGAAAGUGUAUCUGUCUGGGUACGGAGUGGAGCUGGCAAUCAAAAACCAGGAGUACAAGGCAAAGGACGACACACAAGUCCAAGGAACGGGGCUGAAUGCUACAAUGAUGGGAGAGAAGGAUCCAGUGGACGAGGUCCAGGGAUUCCUAUUUGGCAAACUCAAGACGCUCUACCCAGAGCUCAAAGAACAGCUGAAGGAGUUGAGGAAACAUUUAGUCGAAAGCACAAAUGAAAUGUCUCCUCUGAAAGUCUGGCAAAUGCAAGAUCUUAGUUUCCAGACAGCAGCUCGUAUUCUUGCGGCUCCUGCUGUUGAGGCCCUCAGUGUUAUGAGAGACCUCAGUCAGAACUUCCCAACCAAAGCCAGGUCCAUCACUAAAACAGUGGUCAACUCCGAGAUCCGUAAAGAGAUUAGCGAGAAUCAGAAGUUUUUCAAAGGGACUCUGGGCCUGCAGCCUGGGGAUUCAGCUCUGUUCAUCAAUGGGCUUCACAUCGAUCUGGACACACAAGACAUCUUCAGUGUGUUUGAGAUGCUGCGCAGUGAAGCGAGGGUGAUGGAGGGUCUGCGCUCGCUGCACAUCGAGACGCUCUACAUCCACGACAUACUGAAGCUCAACGUUCAGCCGUCCGACUCGGACUAUGCUGUGGAUAUCCGUGCCCCGGCCAUCAGUUGGAUUAACAACCUGGAGACCGACCACAGGUACAGCUCGUGGCCCUACAACGUCCAGGAGCUGCUCAGACCCACAUUUCCCGGAGUCAUCAGACAGAUCCGCAAGAACUUUCACAAUCUGGUGAUUAUUCUGGAACCCACCCACGAGAGUUCUGCUGAGCUGCUGAGUGUUGCAGAGAUGUUUUAUGCGAACAACAUUCCACUUAGGAUCGGAUUAGUGUUCGUGGUGUCAGAUGAAGAUGACAUCGAUGGGAUGCAGGAUGCGGGCGUGGCGCUGGUGCGUGCGUACAACUACAUCAAAGAUGAAGUGGAUAGUCAGAGCGCGUUCGAAGCUGUCCUUUCGAUGUUUAACCACGUGCCCAUCGGUGGACGGCUGAGUGUUGGGGAUGUGGUGAAGGUGCUGGAGAAGAAGUUCCCCUACGUGGAGGUCAGCAGCGUCCUGGGAGCCGACUCCAGCUACGACAGCAACAGGAAGGACGGCCGGGCGUACUACAAGCAGACUGGAGUGGGCCCGUUGCCUGUGGUCAUGUACAACGGUGUACCUUACCAGCGUGAACAGCUGGACCCCGACGAACUGGAGACAGUCACCAUGCAAAAGAUCCUGGAGACAACCUCGUUCUACCAGAGAGCCGUCUACUUGGGUGAACUGGCCACAGAUCACGACGUGGUGGACUACAUCAUGAACCAGGCCAACGUUGUCCCUCGCAUCAACCCCAGAGUGCUGUCCACCAGCAGGACACACUUGGACCUUUCUGAUACCAAUAACUUCUUCGUAGACGAUUAUGCCCGUUUCUCGACUCUGGACGUUAAGCAGAAGAGCACCGCUGUGGCCAACAGCCUGAAUUACAUGACUAAGAAAGAUGAUGGCUACAUCCGUCCUGUGACCUUCUGGGUGGUGGGAGACUUCGACAAACCCUCGGGUCGACAGCUCCUUUAUGAUGCCAUCAGACACAUGAAAACCAGCAACAACGUCCGACUGGGAAUGAUCAACAACCCAUCGGUGGCUCUGUCUACCGAGACGAGCCACGUGGCCCGAGCCAUCUGGGCCGCCAUGCAGACGCAAUCUGCCAACAACGCCAAGAACUUCAUCACCAAGAUGGCCAAAGAGGAGACGGCCACCGCCCUGCAGACGGGCGUGGACGUCGGAGAAUUCGCUGUCGGGGGAAUGGAUCUGUCGUUGUUCAAGAGUGCGUACGACAGUGAGAAGUUUGACUUCCUGCUGUCCCACGCUGCUUACUGUCGAGAUGUCCUCAAACUGAAGAAGGGGCAGAGAGCAGUCAUCAGCAACGGAAGAAUCAUUGGUCCACUGGAGGAAGACGAGGUGUUCAACCAGGACGACUUCCUGCUUUUGGAGAGCAUCAUCCUGAAGACGUCUGGAGAGCGAAUCAAAAGCAAAGUCGAGCAGUUUGGAGUUGAGGAGGACAGGGCCAGCGACCUCGUGAUGAAGGUCGACGCUCUGCUCUCCUCUCAGCCCAAGGGAGAAGCCCGGGUCGAGUAUGACUUUGCUGACGACCGCUACAGUGCUGUGAAGAUUCGCCCUAAAGAGGGAGAAGUGUACUUCGAUGUUGUUGCCGUCGUGGAUCCAGCCACGAGGGACGCACAGAAGCUCGCUCCUCUCCUGCUGGUUCUGAAGCAGCUGGUAAACGUCAACUUGCGGGUUUUCAUGAACUGUCAAUCCAAACUGUCGGAAAUGCCGCUGAAGAGUAUCUACCGUUACGUGCUGGAGCCGGAGGUGACGUUUCAGAGCGACAGCAGUUACUCCCCCGGCCCCAUGGCCAGGUUCCUGGACAUGCCUCAGUCUCCACUCUUCACCCUGAACAUCAACACCCCCGACAGCUGGAUGGUCGAGUCGGUGCACACACGAUACGACCUGGACAACAUCUACCUGGAGGAGGUGGAGAACAUCGUGGCAGCAGAGUACGAGCUGGAGCACCUCCUGUUGGAAGGCCAUUGUUUCGACGUCAGCUCCGGUCAGCCGCCGCGGGGGCUGCAGUUCACCCUGGGAACCGCCUCUGAACCCGUCAUCAUGGACACGAUUGUCAUGGCGAACCUGGGCUACUUUCAGCUCAAGGCCAACCCGGGCGCCUGGAUCCUGAAGAUGAGGAAAGGACGCUCCGACGACAUCUACAAGAUUUACAGCCACGACGGCACCGACUCCCCGGCCGACUCAGACGACAUCAUAGUCGUGCUGAACAACUUCAAGAGCAGGAUCAUUAAAGUCAAGGUCCAGAAGAAACCAGACAAGUUCAAUGAGGAGCUGCUCAGCGACGGGACCGAGGAGAACGAAGCUGGCUUCUGGAAAUCUCUGACCAGGUACAACCAAAAUCUAAAGAUGUCUGAUGAUUUUAUCUUUUAUUUUGAAAUGUGUAAACGGUCAUAUAACCUGUUUUUAUCUUGUCUUUUGUCUCUCAGAGGUUUUACAGGCGGAGGAAAGAUGGAGGAGCCGAAGGUGGAGAAAGACGACGUGAUCAACAUCUUCUCCGUGGCCUCGGGGCAUCUGUACGAGAGGUUCCUCAGGAUCAUGAUGUUGUCGGUUCUGAAAAACACCAAAACUCCCGUCAAGUUCUGGUUCCUCAAGAACUACCUGUCCCCCACGUUCAAGGAGUUCAUCCCCGACAUGGCAAAGGAGUAUGGUUUCCAGUACGAGCUGGUGCAGUACAAGUGGCCGCGCUGGUUACACCAACAGACGGAGAAGCAGCGGAUCAUCUGGGGUUACAAGAUCCUGUUCCUGGACGUGUUGUUUCCUCUCGCUGUCGACAAGAUCCUGUUUGUGGACGCUGACCAGAUUGUUCGUGCGGACCUGAAGGAUCUGCGUGACUUCGACCUGGAGGGAGCUCCGUACGGCUACACCCCGUUCUGUGAGAGCCGGAGAGAGAUGGACGGCUACCGCUUCUGGAAGUCGGGCUACUGGGCGAGUCACCUGGCCGGCCGCAGAUAUCACAUCAGCGCCCUGUACGUGGUCGACCUGAAGAAAUUCAGGAAAAUAGCGGCAGGAGAUCGACUCCGAGGACAGUACCAGGGGCUCAGCCAAGACCCCAACAGCCUCUCCAACCUGGACCAGGAUCUGCCCAACAACAUGAUCCACCAGGUUCCUAUCAAGUCUCUCCCUCAGGAGUGGCUGUGGUGUGAGACCUGGUGUGACGACAGCACCAAGAAGAGCGCCAAGACGAUAGACCUGUGUAACAACCCCAGGACCAAGGAGCCCAAGCUGCAGGCUGCGGUGAGGAUCGUGGCCGAGUGGAGCGACUACGACCAAGAGAUUAAACGUCUGCAGACCAAAGUCCAGGGAGGAAGAAUCCACCAAGCAAAGCAGCAGGACACAGACGCUCACACGGAGCUGUGAGGAUGCAGCUGUGAUGAGGCGGUGAACUGGACUCUGUUUAAAGAGUCUGCUUCAUGAAGAGAAGCUCCUCCCACACCGGCUGCCGACACUCUGACCACAGACGGAGCUCGACGGUUUAAACGUUUGUUUGUUUGUUUGUUUGUUUGUUAUUUUAUCAUGUGAGAAGGGGGUUUUCAGUGGUCGGGUUCCAGAGGUGUUUCUGUAUGCGAGUGUGCAAGUGGUGAGAAUGUGAGUCCUUUGUCUUUCCUUCUUCUUUUCCCUGUGGUAGACGUCAGUUUGUAAGUUUGCACUGAUUUGGAUUGUGAAUGUGGUCGAAGCACAAAAAACGACGUGAACGCUGAAUCUCACGGCCGGUGGAUUCUGAGUUUCUGACAAACCAAACAUCUGGUGGUGGGAAUGAUCUCUGCUCACUCACUGGGUUAGAACACAGCUGCUGAGCCGUCCUCUGGAUUUUUAAAUGGUACAGGUAGUUUAUAACUCAGCUUAUAGUGUUCUUACAAAGGUCCGGGAAAUAUGAUUUUAUAGUUUUUCCAAAGCCGUAAUACGAUGAGAUUUUUCGUAAUUAACCUUCAAAAUAAUGCAAAACAAGAAAGUUUCUGUGCAGUGAUUUAUGAUUAAAGAACAAUCGACUGACCUUCAGGCUCCAGAACUUGAUCACAGGUGGAUCCACUCACCUGAAGUUUGGGGGGUUAUUCGGUGUCAAUCUGAAACUCGAACAUCACUUUAAAGUUCUGUGAAUGUAAUUUCAGAAAUGAUCUGUGAAGCUGUUUGUUUUCUUUCUUUCCUCAUCAUCGUUUUAUUCGGCAGGAAAGUCAACAACAUCCUCAGCAGACAUGAUUGAGGAGUUUCUCGUGGAAUAUUAAUGUCUCUGUAAAUCUCAGGGAAGCAUGAUUGGGUUCUAACAUUUAGAAGAAAAGGGAGCGUUUGUUAUCGGGUGGAGUUUAUGGUUCUGUUAGAGGAGCCGUGAUCUUUGAGUUUGGUCGAAAAAUUAUGAUUCUGUUUCUUGGUGAUAUUUCAUCCUGUUUUGGCUGCUUGAUCCUUUUAUUAAGUAAAAGUCCCAAAUAAAGACUUGUUCCAGUGUA